UGCCGACGACUACGACGACGAAAUGAAGAUAAAAGCGGAACAGCCGGUUAAGCCACGAAAAGGGCACAAAGAAAGGGAGUUAGGGAGGGACAACGCGUCGCUCCGUGACUACAGAGGCAUAAUAACGCGCUUACGAAUUCCAAACAAGCAAGCUAGCUGGUUGACAGCGUAAGCAGCAAGUUUUUUCCUUCGGCUUUCAUUUGAGUUCAGUCUCUAAUUUCUUCAGCGUUCCGUAUUUCGCUGUUGUGGGCUGAGCGCUGCCGUUCGUCGUCUGCCAUUCACUGUUUGAUUUAGUCUACAAGUGUACGUCGGUGUAAAAAAUCGUCUGGCGGUCUGCAGAAUCGCCACGUUAGUUCGCGUAUUAAUUACAACUUUACUAAAAGAAAAAAAAUUAUAAAUAAUAAAAAAAGUUCGUUUGAGGUGUGCUUUAUUAACGUUAAACACGCAAUUUCCUGCUUCUGGCGCCCACAAGUGCAACAAAAACCGGAUUCGCUCGCUAUUACAAGGCAUACAAGUGUUCGCCAUACAACUACCCUACGUCCUGCGCAUCGCUUCGUCAAUAAACAACAACAGUACACACAAUGGCUGGUGGUAAUAAGCGCUACUCACGCACCAACUCCAACGGCAAUAUCACAAAACUGCCCGAACGCGGACCAGUGGAAUCCCUGAUCUACUGGCGAGAUGUUAAGAAAUCUGGCAUUACCUUCGGUGCUGGUCUUGUCACCCUGCUCGCCAUCUCAUGCUUCUCCGUCAUUAGCGUUUUCGCCUACCUGUCAUUGCUAACAUUAGCUGGUACAGUGGCGUUCAGGAUUUACAAAUCUGUUUUGCAGGCCAUACAGAAGACACCAGAGGGACAUCCCUUCAAAGAAUACCUCGACAUCGAUUUGACUCUGUCGCAAGAGAAAGUCCAAAACAUUGCCGGCGUUGCUGUUGCACAUGUGAAUGGUUUCGUUGCUGAAUUGCGACGACUGUUCCUCGUGGAAGAUUUGGUUGACUCAAUUAAAUUCGGCGUUAUCCUGUGGGUUUUGACUUACAUUGGCGGUUGGUUCAACGGCAUGACUCUGGUCAUCUUAGCCUUCGUUUCGCUCUUCACCUUGCCAAAGGUGUACGAAAACAACAAACAAUCAAUCGACACAUACUUGGAUUUGGUACGAAGCAAAUUGACAGAAAUCACAGACAAAAUUAAGGCCGCCAUUCCAAUUGGCAAGAAACCAAUUGCUGCUGAAUCAGACAAGGACAAGUAAAGCGCAUAAAUGUGCAAAAUAUUAGCAGCAGCAAUUUUAAUAUUGUCAAUGCAAUUACUAAAACUUAAGAAGCAACAACUUAAGAACUUUAAAUAGAUGGCGGCGCAUACACACACAUUCACACAAUAUAUACAUACAGCAAAACAACAAAAAAGAACUCAUUAUGAAAAUUCUACAAACAAGCAGAGAAGAUGUGUGAACGCCGACAAAGUAGAGAAUAAUUAAAAUUAAUGCAUUCACAGUCUAUAACAACAAUAACAAAAUAUGAUUAAAUUAAAACAAAAACACACAAAUAAUAAUGAAAAACGAAAAUCUUAAAGCAGAAAACGAUAAAAAUUCACAUUUCAGUUAAUAAAGAAAAACAAAUCAAAAAACCAAAAUAUAUAUACAUAUAUAUAUGUAUACUAAAAAAUACUAUAAAUUGUAUGCACAGAAAACGAGAAAACGAGAAGCUUUGUUUCAUAUUUUCAGCGGGAAAUUAUUCGUUUUAUUUGUAUUGAAUUACAUUGAUUACAAUGCGUAAAAUUUCGUUUUAUUUGCUACCGAUUUAUAAUUAUAUAUUGUAUAAUAACUGCUACACAAUUGUAACUAACUACAACAAUAUAUUCGGAAACAACUUGUUAUAUCAUCAAUAGGAUUUUUUUUAUAAUAAUGAUUAUAUUUUUGAUUGCAUGUAAAUCAAUUUUAAAAUGAUAUAUUUUAUAUAAACUGUUAAAUGCAAGAAAAACAAAACAACAACAAAUAUUGAUCAACAAUGCCUAUUAAUUUAACUAUUAUGUUAACGGACUGUUUUCGUUUAAACGUAGUUAUAGCGGAGAAAGGGUAUUUAUAUUUCUCAAGUCCUUUGUUACAAGUUAAGAUUUAGUCGAACAAUUCACCAAGAAAAACAAAACAAAAAAACAAGUGAGCGAAAUUCUGCUAGUGUGAAGUAUAAACAGCGGGCACGAUUGUUUGCUAUUUUAGACCUAUGAACAAAACAUUAAGUAAAGAAGAUGAUUAGCAAAAACACUUUCUUCUUGAUUAUGUUGUUAAAUUACGAUUAAAAUAACAAAAGUAACAACUUAGAAUUUAACGAAUUCAAAUGAGUAUAAAAUAAACAGCAAAUAUUUCGAGUGUCCAAGUGUCAUUUCGUUUUUAUUUCUGCAGUUUUUGGAUAAACAACGGUAAAUCUAAAUCUUUUACAUGUAAUAUUCAUAGUAAAGUAUUAAACACGCACUCAUACAGUAUGUAUCAAAAGGCAAGCGCAUAUGAAAAAUCAAUUUCUAAAAAUAAUUAAAAUAAAAAUUACAAAAACAAAAACAAAAGAAAUAUAAUAAAUAUGUGAACGCUUUGCGUCCGUCAGUCAUCAACACUAAAUAUUUAAUGGUUAAUCACAUUGAACAAAAAAGGAAGAAGAAGAAAAAUAAAAAUAACAAAACUAAAGCGUGUUUUCUUUGAAAUUAUUAAAAAUACUUAUAAUGCAUAGUACUCAAAUAUAAAAUUAGUAGAUAUGUAUUUUGCCUUUUAAAUGUAAAUGUGUGAACACACUUGUAUAGUGUAAUGCCUUUUUUAAUGAGAAUUAUUUGUUCAAUAAACGUAUUUGUAUUUGCUGACCAAAAUUAGUACUUCGCAAAACCAAUAUUACUAUGUAGAUAGUGGUACGUUUCAUAUGACCGCUUUUCAACAAUUAUAUAUACAUAAAUACCUAAAUGCAUAGUUACACACUGUCUGCGAACUGACUUGAUUUAAAAGAAGCGCAGAUUUUACUAAUUUGUUGCAAUUGUCUUGUUUUGCAUAUGUAAAAUUUUUAAAUAAAAUUCAUACUUUAAAAUAAUUUACGAA